AUGACUUCAAAUUUUCAUGCGGAUUUGGCUAAUGAUAUAGGAUUGCUUUUCAAGAAUGUUGAAGUUUUAAAACUUUGGGUAGCAUCUGAUGAAUUAGAUUUACAAAAACUCAUAACUUUCAUUCAAUCUUACGUGGCGGAUAAAAAAAUUGAUUAUCUUCGAAAUGAUCCUGUACAAUUUAUUCAAACCACUUUUCGUUAUGAAACUUGUAAAUCUUUACGUGAUUUCUGUAUAGAUUCAAUUUGCGCUGAACCAAAAAUCCUGCUUAAUUGUUAUAGUCCUCAACGUGGACCAAGUUUUGGUGAUGGAUGGGAUUUGACUAUUGAGACAGAUUGUUCUCUUUAUAGUCAUAGCAACAAUUCUUAUAAUGAUAUAACAAAAUUUAUUCCUAACACUACUCGAUUAAAUUUAGAAGAUUAUGAAGUAUUUCAACUAAUUCAUCGAAAUUGA